UAAGCAAAGUAAUCCAUAGAUAAUGCAUCCAUCUAACACUAUCCCAUAGGCUCGUGGUCCUAAGAAGCACAUGAAGCGUUUGGCAGCUCCCAAGCAUUGGAUGCUUGAUAAACUUUUGGGUAACUAUGCCCCUAAGCCUUCUUCUGGUCCUCACAAGACUCGUGAAUGUUUACCCUUGAUCGUUUUCAUUCGUAACCGCUUAAAGUACGCUCUUAACGGCCGCGAAGUUCAAUCUAUCUUGAUGCAACGUCUGGUCAAGGUCGACGGUAAGGUCCGUACUGAUUCCACUUUUCCUGCUGGUUUCAUGGAUGUUAUCCAAAUUGAAAAAACUGGUGAAAACUUCCGUCUCGUCUAUGACGUUAAAGGUCGCUUUGCUGUUCACCGCAUCACUGAUGAAGAAGCCAAGUACAAAUUGUGCAAGGUUAAGAAGGUUUUGGUUGGUGCCAAGGGUAUUCCCUACAUCACCACACACGAUGGUCGUACCAUCCGUUACCCUGAUCCUUUGAUCAAGGCUAACGAUACCAUCCGUUUCAACCUUGAAACUGGUAAGAUUGAAGACUUUGUCAAGUUCGACGUCGGUAACGUCGUUAUGGUCACUGGUGGUCGUAACAUUGGUCGUGUUGGUCAACUCAUUCACCGUGAACGUCACAUUGGUGGCUUUGAAAUUGUUCACAUCAAGGACGCUCUUGACCGUGUCUUUGCUACUCGUAUCUCCAACGUUUUCACUAUUGGCCAAGGUACUAAGCCUUGGAUCUCUCUUCCCAAGGGUAAGGGCGUCAAGCUCUCUAUUACUGAAGAACGUGAUCGCCGUAGAGCUGCUGCUACUGCCACUCACUAAAAAAAUCACGGAUUUUUUUAGAAUAAAUCAUCAUUUUGCUUUGUAGGACCUCUCUCAUUGUUCUCUUCCCUUGUUCAUUAUCAUUUUGCUAUUGUACAUAAUUAUUAUUUUAUUAUUAAACAAAAGAAAAAUAGUAUGUUUAGUUUUUAUAAGAAUUGCGUCACGACGAUUGGUGGGGUUGAACUUGAGUUGAGCAUGAAACCCACAUCAUUAUGCAGAACUUUUUUUUUAUUUCUAUUUUUUUCUUUUACACAUUUUCUUAUCCCC